CAAGAAAACCAAAUUUAAAGUAUCAUCUUGAUUCAACCUUGAUUGAAUCAAAAUAUAUUCCUAUUCUUGCUUCAUGGAUUGAUAGAGCACAUUAUAAUAUGGAAAAUAUUUCAUGAUUUUAAAUUAUUAUACCGUUCAAAUCGGGAUGGAACUGACACUAAUACUUUUCAUAAAAAUUGUGACAAUAAGGGAGCUACUAUUUGGGUAGCAAAAAUUAAAAAUUCUGCACAAAUAAUUGGAGGGUAUAAUCCACUUGAUUGGAAUGG